CGGCUGACUUUGUGCGUUUCCCAACACCGUUCAACGCUUCAUACAACUGCAGCCAUCGCCGUUUUACGGGCACGUGUAGAGUACAAAAAGUUUCCAUUAUUAAUUGACUGUACAUCUGUGUUCCCAGGCCUACAAAUGGAGUCCGAAUCGUUUUAUGGUGUUACACUCAGCGAGAAAGAGCCCAUCGCACAGUUCGACGUGCCAGAUAUACCAGAGGAGUAUAUCGUCCACUCACACAAGCUCAUCAUCAAACAGAUUUCCCUCGGGCCCGAUGCCAAGACCGGGGAGUUCAACGUUGUACAGGCGGAGACGAACAUAAACGAUGAUGGCGAGAAGAAGACGGUGAAGAUUCCCAUCGCCGUACUGAAGGUCGGCGAGACCCGUAGCUUAAGACCAAAUGUCGAGUUCCCCAACGGAUCCGUGACUUUCAAACUGGUGCAGGGCACUGGACCCGUCUACGUCUGUGGCAAGGCGGAAAUGAACUUUGGUGAGUUUGACGACGGUCAUAUUUACGAGGACUAUUCGGAUGAGGAGGAAGACAGCGAACUGGAGUUCGACGAAGAUGCAGCCCCACAGACGAAUGGCAAGAGCAAUAAGAAGAAGUAGAAAUACAUUACACUCCAGUAAGCUAACAAAUUGAUCCGAGAAAAUAAAAAAAGCCACUAAGGUAACAAAAAACCAAACAAAAGAACCCAUUUUUGAAGACUAUAAACAUGUAAGCCAGUUGAUUUACAAACAGAAUGCAAUUAUAACGACAUUUAUAUAUUUGGUCUAUAGUA